GUCAGAUUCGUGGCUUUGUGUGCGUUUUUUGAUUAGUUGUCAAGUCCAACUCGUUUAGCUGAUUCGUAAGCACAAGUGGGAGCAGCUUCAAAAUGGGUCUAACAAUUUCUAGUGUUUUAACUAGGCUUUUCGGCAAAAAGCAGAUGAGAAUACUAAUGGUCGGUUUGGAUGCCGCCGGAAAGACUACCAUUCUGUACAAGUUGAAGCUCGGGGAAAUCGUGACAACAAUUCCCACGAUCGGUUUCAACGUCGAAACGGUUGAGUACAAGAACAUUUGCUUCACCGUAUGGGACGUCGGCGGUCAGGACAAAAUUCGCCCCCUGUGGCGCCACUACUUCCAGAACACGCAAGGGCUUAUAUUCGUGGUGGACUCGAACGAUCGGGAGCGAAUUGUGGAGGCCGAAAAAGAACUGCAAAGUAUGUUACAGGAGGAUGAACUACGGGAUGCGGUCCUGCUAGUGUUUGCCAACAAACAAGAUCUGCCGAACGCGAUGACCGCCGCUGAGUUGACCGACAAGUUGCACCUGAAUCAGCUUAGAAAUAGACACUGGUACAUCCAAGCAACCUGCGCCACCCAAGGUCACGGUUUGUAUGAAGGCCUAGAUUGGUUAUCCAAUGAACUCGCCAAGAAAUGAUGCGAUUGCAUCGCAAAGGACGCCAAUCAGCCGCAAUUAUUUACAACACACAUUAGCUGGUUUGUAUUUCCGUAAGCAACUUUUUGUUUUACCAACCUAUGUCAUACAUAUAAAUGGUUGUUUGCAUUUUCCGUUCCAAAACAAGGAGAACAACACGAUACUAUACAUUCGAUUGCAAAGCUAUAUCGGAGAAAUGGCGACUUUCGGCAGAUUCGUAACCUAUUAUCAUCUGGAGGGGGUAAAUGAAGUCAUCGUAAACCAACUCCUGAGGUAAUAGAUUGAGAAACUGCAGAAACAGUCAUUCCGCUAUUAGCAGAAACAGAAAGAGCAUUCGAUAGCUGUAUUUGUAUAUCAAUGAUCUUUAUUUCAAUUUAAAUAAACAAAAGUUAUUGGUAACAAACCUAAUCCACAAGAAAAAUUAUUUCGCGAUAGCAGCAAUAGACAUAGAGAAAAAGCGACUGCAUUAUUUUUAUGAAGAUCUUGGCGAAAAAAUCGUGUUAUACUGAUCGGUAUGUGUAUGAACCAAGUAGACGCAGAUAAUUGAAAAACACUACAUUAUUUGUAAAUUUUAAGUGAUAUUUUACUAUAACAAUAAAUAAUAAAAUUUAA